CGGCGAGGGGCCCCUGGCUGAGCCGUACGACUGCAAACAAACCCCUCCCGAUGCUGAAUUGGAAGCGAUCCCCGUGUCAUUGCACUGGCCUGUGAGGAGGUGGCUGAGGAGCACCCGGCGCUCGGAUCCUCCCGCUGCGGGCAGACCCGGACCAGGGGCGCUCGCGUCUGAAACGGGGGGGGAGCAGCGGAGAUGGGGCAGCGGCCGCUGCCCCCGAGGGCGAGCAGCAGGUGCCAGAGGCAGCGGGAGCGGCCGCUCCCCCGGGGGAGCAGGAGACGCGGGGGCCCAGGGGCGCCUGGGGCCGGGCUGCUGGCGCUGCUCGCGCCCCUGUGGCUGUGCGCGGCGCGGGGCUGCUCGGCCCAGCUGUACAACCUGAGCCUGGCGGUGGAUGAGGGGCUCCCGGCGGACACGCUGGUCGGGGACAUCCGGGCCGGGCUGCCCCCGGGCGACGGGCAGCCCGGCGGCUUCUUCCUGUCGGAGGGGAGCGGCGAGUCGGCGCUGCUGGCGGAUUUCCACGUGCAGCCGGACACCGGCAUCAUCCGCACGGCGCGGCGGCUGGACCGGGAGCGGCGGGCGCGCUACAGCUUCGUGGCGGCCACGCUGCGCGGGGAGAUGGUGCAGGUGGAGAUCGCGGUCACCGACGUGAACGACCAUCCGCCCCGCUUCCCGCGGGACUCGCUGCGGCUCAACGUCUCCGAGCUGAGCCCGCCCGGCAGCGCCUUCCGCCUCCCGGGCGCCCGGGACCCCGACGCCGGCAGCUUCGGCACCCAGGGCUACACGCUGCUGGCCGAAGGGCAGGAGGCGGAGGCGGCGGCGGCGCCGCUCUUCCAGCUGCGCUACGGCUCCCCCCCGGAGCCGCUGGACCUGGUGCUGCUGCGGCGGCUGGACCGGGAGCGGGCGGACUCGCACCGGCUGGUGAUCGAGGCCUGGGACGGGGGCAGCCCGCGGCUGAGCGGCCGCCUGCGGGUGGAGAUCCGGGUGCUGGACGAGAACGACAACGCGCCCGCCUUCAGCCAGCGCGAGUACCGGGCCCGCGUGCGGGAGGACGCGGCGCCGGGCACCGCCGUCUGCCGCCUGCGGGCCACCGACCCGGACCUGGGCGCCAACGGCCAGGUGCGCUACCUCAUCAACCGCCGCCAGAGCGACCCCGCCGCCUACUUCGCCGUGGAGGAGCGGACCGGGCUGCUGCGCGUCAACCGCCCGCUGGACCGCGAGGCCCGCGCCCUGCACCGCGUCAUCGUGCAGGCGCGCGACGGCGGCGCCGAGCCCGAGGUGGGCAGCGCGCUGGUCUCCAUCGCCGUGCUGGACGUGAACGACAACAGCCCGGCCAUCCACGUGCUCUACCUGACCGAGGGCGGCGGCGCCCGGCUCUCCGAGGCCGCGCGGCCGGGGGACUACGUGGCCCGCGUCUCCGUCUCCGACCCCGACGAGGCCGGGGACGAGAUCGGCCUCACCCUGCAGGGCGGGGACGGCACCUUCGCCCUGCGGCCCGGCGGCGCCGCCGGCCUCUAUUUCCUCUGCGUGGAGGGGCCCCUGGACCGCGAGAGGCGGGACCUGUACGAGCUGCGCCUGGCGGCCACCGACGCCGGCUCCCCGCCGCUCUCCGCCCGCGAGACGCUGCUGCUCCGCAUCGCCGACAUCAACGACCAGCCGCCCGCCUUCCCGCAGCCCCGCUACCGCGCCGCCGUCUCCGAGGCCGCCUCCCCCGGCACCACCGUGCUGCGGCUCAGCGCCUCGGACGCCGACGAGCCCGGCUCCCCCAACGCCCAGGUGCGCUACGCCCUGGAGGCGGCGCCGGGCGCCGCGGGCCCCGAGCUCUUCCACAUCGACCCGCUGAGCGGCGUGAUCAGCACCCGGCGCGGCCUGGACCGCGAGCGGGAGGCGGCGCUGGAGCUGCGGGUGGUGGCGCGGGACCUGGGGGAGCCGCCGCUCUCCGCCUCCUGCCUGGUGAGCGUCCUGGUGGAGGACGCCAACGACAACGAGCCCGUCUUCGAGCAGCAGGUCUACAACGCCAGCCUGGCCGAGCACGCGGGGCCCGGGCACUGCCUGCUGCAGGCCAAGGCAACAGAUGCGGAUGCAGGCCAGUUUGGUCAUAUCGACUAUUUACUUUAUGAUGGAUUCCAUAACUAUGAAAAAUCUAAAGCAUUCCGGAUAGAUCCACAUACAGGACACAUCUGUGUGUGUCAAGACAUUGACAGGGAAAGGGAUCCAGCCACUUACGAUCUCUUAGUGAAAGCGACAGAUGGGGGUGGGCUAAGUGCCCAAGCUUUUGUUCGUAUUGAGAUAGAGGACAUUAACGAUAAUCAACCUAUUUUCGACCCAGCCAGCUAUGUGACAAGCAUCAGUAGUCAUACGCACCCAGGAACAGAGAUCAUCAAUGUCGUUGCCACAGACAGAGAUUCGGGGAUAUAUGGAGUUGUGACAUAUGAGCUUGUUCCAGGAGAGUUUUCUUCCCUUUUCACAGUGGAUACUUCUUCAGGAAUUAUUUACUUGAUAUCAACUCUCAGUCAUUUGGAUCAUACCAUGAUGUUCUUGACUGUUUCUGCACGGGAUGGAGGUGGCCUUACCUCUGUUGUUAAUGCAUCCGUCACAGUAAACAUCCUCCAGACUACUUUGGCACCAGCUAUAUUUGAGAGGUCACGGUAUACCUUUUCUGUUCCUGAAGAUAUCCCUGAAGGCAGCCCUGUUGGAACUGUAAAAGCCAGAGAGCCUUUAAAUACUUUAGAAGUGAUCUCUUACAAAAUUUCCUCCGGUGAUCCUUAUGGAAGAUUCUCUAUUGACCCUCAGUUUGGAAUCAUUCUCACCAAAAAGCAGCUGGACCAUGAAACUCAGUCUCUCAUUGUGCUUACUGUCCAGUCGCAGUUGGGCAGCUCCGCUGUCUACAGUAGCACCCAGGUCAAUAUAUCUGUGAUGGAUGUCAAUGACAAUCCUCCAGUAUUUCUUACAGAAUUUGAUAAGAUAACUAUAUCUCAUAGUACAGUACCUGGCACAGCUCUGUACAUUGCUCAUGCAGAAGAUAAAGACAGUGGGCUAAAUGGGGUAAUCAAAUAUACUAUUGCAAACAGGCAGUCAAAUGCAUUUACCAUUGAUCCAAGCCUUGGGGUGGUAUAUCUCACCAGGACUCUGUUCACAGAUAAGCAGCAUGAAUAUGCUCUGCACAUAACUGCUGAAGAUUACGGAACUCCUCCACUGAGUUCUCUGAUAAUGCUGACAGUGAUUGUUGAAGAGCAAAAGAUGGGCACCACCUUGACUUUUGAAAACUUGGUGUAUCAAGUGGAAGUCAGUGAGACUUCUUCACUGGAUGCCAAAAUUCUACAAGUACAAGCCCACACACAAGUUCCACAGCACACUGCCUCACAGAUGGUGUACUCCCUAGAGCCUAGCACAGAUUCUGCUGCAUUUGGAAUUGACCCUGUCACUGGCUGGAUUUACCUCCGGAAGUAUCUGAACUAUGAAUUUACACAGAUGUACAAUUUUAGAGCCUUUGUCAGCAGCCCAGAGGACAGCUCAGGGCAAAAUGCGAGUACAUCAGUAAUUGUUAAUGUCCUGGAUGAAAAUGACAAUUCCCCGAUGUUCAUGCGUGAUCUUUAUUUUUUUGAAAUUGAGGAAAGUCCAGUUCCCCGAGGUGUGGUUGGUACCAUCACAGCAGUUGACAGAGACUCAGGAAGAAAUGGACAGCUUUCCUAUUUCCUCUUGUCAGAUGGAAAGUUUUUCAAGAUUAAUUCCAACACAGGUGAAAUUAUAAACUGGGUUGCAUUAGACCACGAGCAGCAAACUCACCAUCAAUUGAUCGUACUAGUGACUGACCACGGUGCUCCCCGGCGUAAUGCCACAACAACUGCAUAUAUCUUAGUUGCUGACCUCAAUGAUAAUCAGCCUUACUUCCCUCAGAUUCCAUCUGGAAAAGAAGUAACCUUCAAGGUUUUGGAAGGACAGCCAGAAGGUACACUUGUCACCACUGUGUUUGCAAAGGACCUUGAUUUUGGAAACAAUGGUGUAGUGUUAUAUUCAAUAUUGUCAGAAGAUAGUUUCGGUCACUUUCAGAUUGAUGCCAACAGUGGUGAGUUAAGAACAACUGAAACUCUUUCAUAUAAUUGGAGACCUAACUACAGAAUACUGGUCACUGCAAGUGACCAAGGAAUGCCUCCUCUUCAAGGACAUGCAGUUGUUAACAUUCAGGUAAUCCCAUUUUCUAAAGGGAGAUCUGUCUUUUCUCAAGAUAUCAGGCACUUUGUCAUACCUGAGAAUUUUAAGCCUGCACAAAUAUUGAGCUCGGUGAAGUUGCCUGGUCAUUAUCUGCAAACCAACAGAAAACUGCAUUUUAGUGUAUCUGAAGAAGAGGGUGAUGAUCAUUUUGAAAUAGAUAGUUCGACAGGGGAUCUGUUUCUUUUCAAGGAACUUGACUAUGAAACAACUUCUCACUUCCUUCUGAGAGUUGUCAUGAAGGAUUAUAAUAAGAAUCCUCCACAGAACUACACUAUUUUCCUCAGUAUUGAUGUAGAAGAUCAAAAUGACCACUCCCCUUAUUUUCAGGAUAACUUCAUAGUGAUUGGCAUAGAGGAGAAUGUACCUGUUGGCACUCUGGUGUACACAUUCAAUGCAAAAGACGGAGAUGGCAGUUUUCUGAACAGCAGAGUACAGUAUUCCAUAGAAACGAGUGACUCUGGUGAAAAUCCCUUUCUCAUCCACCCUUCAUAUGGCACCUUGAUCACAGCAAUUCCGUUAGACAGAGAGGUCACUCACUCUGUUGUCCUGAGAGUGUCUGCAUCAGAUCAGGCAAUAAACUUGACAGAGCGCAGACUUGGUUCCCUGACAGCAAAAAUUGUCAUUUUAGACAUUAAUGACAACAGUCCCAGUUUUGUUUCUUCCUCUCUUUCCUAUGUCAUGGAGAACGCAGAGGUAGGCUCUCUGGUGCAUCAUGUAAUUGCAGAGGAUCCAGAUGAAGGAAGGAAUGGACAAGUUACAUAUCACAUUCUUUCAGGCAAUGAAAACGAAGCAUUUCUGUUAGAUAAAACCACAGGGUUGCUAACCACCGUCUUUCCUUUGGACCACAAAAGUCAAGAAUACUACCAUUUGACUAUCAUGGCUCUUGAUGAUGGCACACCAGCACUCUCUGCAACCCAGAUGCUGACUGUAAACAUUCUUGAUGUAAAUGAUGAGAGGCCAGUAUUUCAAAAGCAAUUGUAUGAAGCUGCAGUCUCUGAAAACCAAGAUCCUGGAGAGUUUGUCAUUAAGGUGGAAGCUGUAGACAGAGAUUCAGGAAUAAAUUCCCUGCUUCAGUAUGAAAUUUUACCAGGAAAUGGGUUUGAGAUUUUCCAGAUAAACUCAGAUACUGGACAGGUGAUGACAACUGCCUCACUUGACAGGGAGGCCCAAGAGAUUCUCAGUAUAAAAGUCCUCGUUCGAGACAGUGGAACCCCUUCUUUAUCCAGCACAGCAACAGUUAUCUGCAAAGUACUGGAUGAAAAUGACAAUACUCCUACAUUUCUCCUUCCUGUCCCUGAGAUUCAGAUUCUGGAGAAUCAAGAGCCUACAAUAGUGCACACUACACUGGCUGUAGAUAUAGAUGCUGGCAAUAAUGGAACUUUACGAUAUCAAAUAAUUGGUGGAAAUAUUGGAGAAUACUUCACUCUAAAUGAUACUUCAGGAGAACUCUUGGCCACUCGUAGUUUAGACAGGGAGGAUGCCAGCAACUUUACCCUCAUUAUUGCAUGUCAUGACCUGGGCAGCCCACCAAGAAGCUCAACAACACAGCUACAGAUUACAGUCCUGGAUGAAAAUGACAACAGCCCUGUAUUUGCAAAGAAGAACUAUCAGACCUCUGUGACAGAAGACCUUAAGGAAGGAUCAGUAGUUCUUGAGCUCUUUGCUUCAGAUGAAGAUGGUGGCCUGAAUGGUGAGGUCAUGUAUUCACUGAUUGAUGACACCCUUGGAGCAUUUACUGUUAACAGUACAACUGGCGCUAUAGUUACUACGAAAGCACUAGACCGGGAGACUAAAUCUCAGUAUGCAUUUAGAGCAGUGGCAAGUGACUGUAGCAUCCAAGGCCCAAGAAGCACUACAGUUAACAUUAUGGUGCACAUUGAUGAUGCCAAUGACAAUAGUCCCGUUUUUCUACAGAACCCUUUCAAAGUUUAUGUGCCUCCUGAAACUUCUGUGAAUCAGACAAUAGCCACUGUGAGAGCUGCAGACGUGGAUCUGGGGCCAAAUGGUGCAGUGGUUUUUAAUUUUGGAGUACCUGGAACUAUGUUCCGUAUUGACAUCAAUACAGGAGAGAUUUAUCUUCAAGAGCCAUUGCCUUCUGAUGGUUUCAGUUCCCACCUGCUGGUAUUGGCUUCAGAUCAGGGUGUCCCAGGUAGGACAGCCACAGCUCUAUUGGCCAUUUCCACAAGGGAACAAGAGGAGGUGAUGUCAUUCAGCCAUAGUUUUUAUGCAGUAACUGUGCCUGAAAACAGUGAAGCAGGAACCUCACUUUUGACUGUAGAAGCUUAUGAUGAUAAUUUACUGGGAAAAGGCAUAAAAUACAGGCUAUUCAGUGACAAUGAAGAUAUUUUCUCGAUACACCCCAUCACAGGUGAACUCACAGUGAAAGAGCCAAAGUUUCUUGACCAUGAAGUCAAGAGUAAAGUGCAUCUCGUUGUUUUGGCUGAAAAUGGCUUGAAUUCAGCACACUGUGGAGUGACAGUUUGGGUGCAAGAUGUGAAUGAUAAUGCACCUAAAUUUGAGCAAAGCUCUUACAAAACAUCGGUGUGGGAAGGCCAAAUCUACAAUACAUAUGUCAUGCAGAUUUUUGCAGCUGACCUUGACAGUGGGCUAAAUGGAGAAAUUGAGUAUUCAAUUUUAUCUGGUAAUGAAAACAAAACAUUCCUGAUUGAUUCAACAAGGGGGAUUUUAGCAACUAAUGCAAUCCUGAAUCACGAAGACAUUUCAUCAUACAGGUUAGUUGUGCAAGUUGCUGAUAGAGGAACCCCCAGCCUUUCUGCUACAAGCAUAGUAACGAUACAGGUAGUCGACGUUAAUGACAAUACCCCAACAAUCCAACCACUAGGCAAAGUGGGAGUCUCUGAAAAUGCCCCACCUGGUUUCGUAGUGACUCAGGUUUCUGCAAAUGAUGUGGAUUUAAGCCCAGCUCUUCUCUACAGCUUUACGGAAGAUGGUAACCCGGGAAUGAAAUUUGCUAUUAAUCAACACACUGGAGUGAUCACACUGGUGAAACCAUUAGAUUUUGAAGAAACUGCUCAGUAUGAGUUGUGGAUUAGUGUGUCAGAUUCUGUGCAUCAAACAGAAGCAGAGCUCACCAUCCAAGUUUUGGAUGUCAAUGACAACCCACCAGUAUUUACUCAGUAUUCAUAUCAGGUGACCGUGCCUGAGCUCGCUCCUGUAGGUACUUCCGUCCUGACCGUCUCUGCUAUAGACAGAGAUUCAGAGCAUAAUGGAAUUAUUUCCUACAAAAUGUUGUCGUCUUAUGAGGGAUUUUCAAUUGAUCACAAAAAUGGGUCAGUAUUUACUGCCAAACCAGUGCCACACCUGGGCAAGAGUUCAGUUAUUCACCUUCUUAUAGAAGCCAAAGACAAUGGAGACCCUGCUUUGACUGCUGUUACUUCAGUGGAGAUACAGAUACAGGAUGUAAAUAACUAUGCACCUCAGUUCACAAUGGCACUAUACAAUGUGAGUGUGAGUGAAGAUGCCUCAGUCGGAGGGACUAUCCUCACAUUUUCAGCCAUUGACUAUGAUUGGAUACAUGAAAAUACAUACAUUGAAUACUCUAUUAUAAGCAGCAACACUAAUAACCUAUUCCAUGUGGAAACAAGUGUCAUUGAAUCAACACCACCUUACAAGAUGGUUGGCAACCUUGUUUUGAGUAGUCCGCUGGAUAGGGAAACUGCUUCCUCUCACCACGUGAUCAUUCUUGCAUCUGACCGUGGAACACCUCCCCUGAAUUCCAGUGCUACUGUUUUGAUAACUGUACUAGAUGUUAAUGAUAAUCCACCAGUAUUUAGCAAUCUGGAAUAUCGCAUUCAUGUCAGAGAAAAUAUCCCAAUAGGUAGUCAUAUCACUGUGGUUUCAGCAAAUGACUGUGAUGCAGGAGCCAAUGCAGAGGUCACUUACACUAUAAUCUCUGGAAAUGACAUGGGGCACUUUCGAUUAGAUGGGAAAACUGGCUCUGUGGAUUUGAUCAGAACUCUGGAUUAUGAGGAAACAAUUAAAUUCACUUUGACUAUUCAAGCCUCUGAUGGAGGGGUCAAUGUAAGAAAUGUGGCUUUUUCUGUUGUUUUUGUCAGUGUCCUAGAUGACAAUGAUUAUGCUCCACUGUUUUUGUUUCCCAGCCUGAACUGUGUUGUCCAUGAAAAUCUGCCUGCCUUUUCUUUUGUGUGCACAGUUUAUGCACUGGAUUUUGAUACAGGUCCCUAUGGACACCUUACUUACUCGAUCCAGUCAUCAUGUUUGUCUGAUCAUGGAUCUCCUCAAGAUCAUGACAUGUUUUUCAUAGACUCUUUGACAGGAGAUAUACAAACAAAACAAAUGCUUGAUUAUGAAAGUCAGAAUAAGUACUGUUUUAUAGCCCAGGCAAAAGACAAAGGUGAUUCAAUAGCCACAUUAACAGUUCAGGUAGAUGUUGAAGGGACAGAUGAAUUUGAUCCUGUUUUUACCGAAGAUCAAUAUUUUUUUGGUCUCCCUGAGAAAAAUGAAGCAGGUCAGCUGGUUGGCAAAGUGGCAGCAUCCGAUAAUGAUGCUGGAUUGGAUGGAGUUAUUCACUACUCCCUGUUAAAACCUUCUCCAUUCUUUUCGGUAAAUCAGAGCAAUGGAAAUAUCUACUUGACUAGAACUUUUCACAGAAAGAAGAGCAGUACCAAAAGGAAAGAUGACAACCUUGAAUUGUUAGUAAGAGCUCACAGCCCCAAACUGGACUCUAAAUCCACUACCUGCACUGUUCUGGUAAAUAUUUCCAACUCUCCUGAGAAUUAUUCCAUAGCAUCUGUAAACAUCCUGUCUAUUAGCCUUACUAUCUCUUUUGUAGUGUUCCUGCUGCUUGCCAUCAGCCUUAUUGCACUUAUUCUGAGAUACAAACGAAAAGACAUGAUAAACUCCUGUAUGAAAAGAGAAACAUCAUCUUCAUCAGCUGAUUUGAGCUUGACCCAUGAAGAUAAUAUUCCUAAGGACUGCCAGAAACUCCAGAGCACUGAAAGUAGUACACUUCCCAUGGGCUCCAUAACAGAGUGGUUGAGUUUGGUAGGCAUCAGAGAAAAGGAAGAUAUUGGUAACCCCAGCAGGCACUCAGAUUCUAGUGGUCAUGGCUCAGCAGAAGGGGAAACUGCAGAAGAUGAGGAAAUCAAAAGGAUCAAUGAGCAUCCAUGCAGAAAGGGGUUGGGUUCAGCUUUAAGUGAGCGAGGCUCAUGCGUGCCAGACUCAGGAAUUCCAAGAGACUCUGACCAGUUAUCCUGUCAGUCUGGAGAAACUGAUGUGUUCACCGCCACUCAAAAUGCAGAGAGCUUCCACACCUUCAAAGAUGAAGGAGGAGGAGAAGGCUGUGACCCAAACUAUGCCCAUAACAAAAUUCUGUCCCAAACUCUUCAAAAAAUUGGGAUAAAAGAGAGAGACAUAAUGACAGACAUCACAAGAGAAUACAUCUUCAUCUCUGAUGGCCAGGAUUCCCGGUAUGGAUCACUUGCAACCCUUGUAGCCUCUGAUGAGGAUCUUAGAGGAAGUUACAACUGGGAUUACUUGCUUACCUGGGAACCCAGAUUUCAGCCUCUUGCCUCUGUGUUUAAUGAUAUUGCAAAACUAAAAGAUGAAAGCUUACAAAUUCAUAGCUUUCCUAAGGAGAAGAAAUCUUUUAUUUUCCCUCCUCCCUUGAUAACAUCAGUAGCUCAACCUGGCAUAAGGACAGUGCCACCACAUCUGCCAACUAUAAUACCUGGGCAGGCAUUUAAAAAAUACCCUUGUUCUCCCCUUAUCCAUAAUCUUAGAUACCCUUCACCGGCCAUGACUCCCAGUUUUUCUCCUUCUCUGUCUCUACUUGCCAUGCAGACUCCUACAGCUUCUCCAGUGAGGUCAGAUUCAGGACUGACAGGAACAUGCCAAACUGGCCAAAUUCAUGCAACAGAGGAAGAAGUUCAGGUGUAGGUGAUUAACCACUGGUAAAAUGUUAAAGGAGAAUUUGGCUUAAAACAUAUUUGUUCAUUGUUUAAUGAGUAAAACAGCAUGUCAGAGCUAUAUCAUCAGUAUUCAUUUUAUUUUUUUAUGGUUUACAAAAGAUAAGAUACUUUAGUCAUAAACUUUCUCACUAUCAUGUUCUUUGCAAAAUACGCUCUAAACCUGUGAGAGUUGCCCUUUAAUUACCUUUUUCUAUCUACUAAAAGCCCUGGUAUCUAAUGUAAAUCACAUACCCAGGUGUCUGAUAGCUGACUUACCCAAAUUACAGGCUAUAUUGUUUAUCAUUAAGGAUUUCAAUGACUCUUCAUUGUGAUUAAUGGUUUAUCGCUGAGGAUUUCAAUUUAAAAUGCUGACUGUUGGUGAGGGUUACCUUUAAUACCUCUCUGCCUCCCUUAAGCUAUUUUUGUGGCAGCUGGAAAGUUGGCUACCUGCGGAUUUCUCUUGUGUAGGGGAAUCCACUUGGAAUGUGGCUGAGGUAGCGUCUCCAGUCUCAGGAUCAGGGCUGUAUAAAGGUUGUAUAAAGCCAUCUGUGACUCCCCCACUCAUCACUGGGACUAUGCUGAGUACAUCUCAGCUGGUGCAGAAAAUCUAGCCCUGUAUGUAAUAUAUAUCAUACAUAUAACAGCUUAUGUGUAUAUAUACACACAUACAACCCAUGCUGUUUCUGUGUAUGUAUGUAUCGUAUCAAUAAAACACACAUACAUAUGCUUCUACCAUAAUUUUAACUCAGAAUUGGCACUUGGGGAACAGGACAGGGUGAACUAUGGGAAAUAUGCCUUACAAAGAGUAAGGGUGGCUACCCUUUUGGAAUCAGUGGGUAUAUUAUAUGUGUAAUGGCUUCUGAGCAGCUUUGCCCAUGAUCACAUGUUUGGAUCCUUUCUGGAUAUAAACUGACAUUGCUCCUAAGUUAUCUGUACACAACAUACUGUUCCAGAGAGUAUGCAGGCAACAACUGUUUCCAAGAAAAGAAAUAGAAAGAAAAGAAUCAGAAAUGGAGUCAGCCAGAAGCCUGUGCCAGGAAGGGGAAAGCAAAGGAAAGUAGUCAUUCUCAAUUAAUAUAUGAACAGGGAAUUAUAAGCUUAUGGGCAUAGGGCCAUGACUGAGAAUGCUUUUGGGGUCGUUAUAUUGGCCACCUCAGGGUUACAUAAGCUUCCUUGGACCUUUUUCCAAAGAAGGCAGAGUGUAUUUUUUCCAUUUUGUCUUGUUACAGGAUGCAUGUCUGGUUUUUGAAAUUUCAAAGUUAAUUUAUGAACUUUCACACUAAAUAGUUUUGGGUUAUUCUGGAUACUGUAGUUAUUUUUUAGCACCCAAAUGGGCAGUAUUAAUUUAUGAACUGUGUAUUGGUGGGAAAUGUAUGUACAUAAAAAUAACCAAAAUGUAAUGUCAUGCUAAUAACAUGUAUAAUUGUGUAGCUAAAAAUAUAAUAUUUUUAAAAAAUAAUUUUAUGUACUUUUUUACUACUAACAGUUAAAAAUUAUCCACAUAACAUACCUCCCAUCUGUUAAUGUUCUAAUGUCUGCUGACCUAUUAGGUUCUGAUUUGUACGACAUGUUAAUAGAAUGAAAUGUGCCCAUUGUGGUGUGCAGUUAUGUACCGCUACAGUUUCAGGAGGUGUUAAUGGCACACAGUGCUCAAUUAUCUGUCUGUUCAACUCCAAAUUAAUGUUUUCAGUAUCAGUACUCGUGAUCAAGUGAGAGUUUGGUGCUCCGAAGAGGAGCAGUGAACAUUUUUAUUUACAUUAUGAUAGUAGGAAUCAUCUUUAUCCAUAGAUGAUCAGUGGAAGAAUAAAUAUUUUACACAGCA